CAUCCAUUCAAACUUUGACUCUCUUCCUUCCACUACACUUUGCCUGCAAAGUCUUUUCAUAGACGACAAAAAGAGUUGAAAAAGUUUUUCCAAAGGUCCAAUGCCAAGCUCCACACACCACAGAAAAGCUAGCUUCACGGAAUACACUACAUUACCAUUUUCCUCUAUUCUUCUCUCUCCAUAAUCUUCUUGGAUACGCCAACCGACCACCAUUAAACUCCCAUAUGCUUGUAUAUACUCAUAAUAAUCAAUGAUCACAGAAUAUAUAUAUAUAUCCUCCAGAAGUUGGAGGACUCACAUGCGCUUUCUGCAACCAGCCACUUUCUUCCCCAGUAUAAACUGAUGGGCUUCAUCUUCAUCACAAUCCUCAAAAGCUGAACCCAGAGAGAGAGAGAGAGAGAGAGAGAGAGAGAGAGAGAGAGAUUACUCUAAGAUGCUGGCAGUCUUAGCAAUUCCCGCAUGUCAAGCUCUUCUUCUUCCCUUGGCCGCUGAUCAACCCGGCGAGGCCAAUCAAAUUCAAGGCCACAAGAACGUGCGCCAAAAUCUUCACAAGAUGAAUGCGAAGAUAAACAAGGAGAUAGCGGUGCACGGACUUCUGCUUUGGUCAUCAAUGGGCUUCUUAAUGCCUCUUGGAAUACUCGUAAUACGAUUGUCCAUUAGAGAGGAAAACCGCGCACGGGCCAAAGCGUUCUUUUUCCUUCAUGUCAUCUUGCAGGUACUCUCACUACUCCUCGCCACAUCUGGAGCUAUACUAUCAAUCAAAACCUUCGAAAAUUCAUUCGACAACCAUCAUCAGAGAAUAGGCCUCAUUCUCUAUGUAGCCAUCUGGGUACAAGCCUUGACUGGACUUCUGAGGCCCCGUAGGGGGACCAAAAGGAGAAGCACUUGGUACUUCUUGCAUUGGAUUCUCGGAACAGCCGUUUCCCUUCUGGGGAUCAUCAACGUCUACACAGGCGUAAUUGCCUUUCACAACAAGACAUCAAGAGCCACGUGGGUGUGGAACAUCCUCUUCACCGCUCAAGUCUCUCUAAUCGCCUUCUUGUAUCUCUUCAUAGACAAAUGGGACUACAUGCGAAGACAAGGCGUGAACUCCGGCGACGAGCCGACCACGCCGUCGGCUAACAAUCUAACGAGCUCGCAAAUCGAGAGCCGCAAGGAGUUGGUGCUCCUACCAUGUUCGAAACAAAAUGCUCUCAAGAACUUGUUCGAUUAGUCUACACGCUGACAUAAUCUGAACUAUUGAGUCCGGCGGAUUUUACGUGAAAUCCAUCGGAUUCGAUAGUUAAAAUCUAUAUAGAUCCAUAUAUUGGCACAUUUUUCUUUCUCUUGUUUGAUUUUUCUUUUUCUUUUUUCUUUUGGUUUUUGGGAGCAUCCACCCUAAGUUCUUCUCUUUGAUUGUUUGCUCUCUACAAUAGUAAAUUAUUUUAAGGCUUGAACUCCUAGAGACUCUCUUCAAAGUUCCAAAAAUAGCACGAGUACGACUCAUUUGCAUAUUACGAUACACAUCAAUCCUUGGAAGCAGAGGAACAAUUUAUUCAAGGGUUUUUGUGUGUUGGGUGAAUUCACAUGAAUCGGAUCCGUGCAACAUGUGGUCCUAUGUAUGAUAUUUGUUUGAAUAAGGGAAUUCAAUAGGAGCAAAGCACGUCAUGGUGUAUCUGUACA